AUGGAGAACUUCCGUAAGGUGCGCUCCGAAGAGGCGCCGGCAGGGGGCGGAGCCGAGGGAGACGGCCCGGGCUCUGGUCCCUUCGCAGACCUGGCGCCGGAUGCCGUGAACAUGCGGGUCAAGGAGGGGAGCAAGAUCCGGAACCUGAUGGCCUUCGCCACCGCCAGCAUGGCGCAGCCAGCCACGCGCGCCAUCGUCUUUAGCGGCUGCGGCCGGGCUACCACCAAGACCGUCACGUGCGCCGAGAUCCUCAAGCGCCGCCUGGCGGGCUUGCACCAGGUCACACGGCUGCGCUACAGGAGCGUGCGCGAGGUGUGGCAGAGUCUCCCGCCUGGGCCCACGCCGGGUCAGACCCCUGGCGAGUCGGCCGCCAGUCUAAGUGUACUUAAGAACGUGCCGGGCCUCGCCAUCCUACUUUCCAAGGACGAACUGGAUCCGCGACAACCCGGCUACCAGCCCCCAAACCCCCAUCCUGGUCCCUCGUCCUCGCCAGCCGCGCCGACGUCCAAGAGGAGCCUAGGGGAACCGGCAGCUGGAGAAGGCUCUGCAAAGCGUUCGCUACCUGAGCCAGGAGUCGCGGACGAGGACCGAACGGCCUGA